AUGUUCGGAUUUGUGGCAUUUCCCAGCAUCGUGUCAGAGCACGAGGCUCGCGCGAGCCGUGAAGAUGUCACCAAGCACUUUAGCGUGGCGGGCGCUGCCAUCGGGACCGCGCGUCCGCCCCUGCUUCGCGGGGAUGAUCAGCUGCUGCGCCGUCCUAUCCACAACCAGAGCGAUGCGAGCACGGGCGUCUUGGUUCGGCGGCGGCACGGGCGAGGUCUUCAGACGGUGCAAUGGCGAGAGGAGGACCUUCGACAAGAGGGCUGGAGACCUCUGGGCACUUACCAGGAUGCCUCUGACCCCGAACAUGGCGAGGCAACCAUUUACAUAAAGGACGAGGCUGUGCGAAUUUGCCACAGCAUCUACGGACCCGUCCCUUGCAGUGACGGCGUGGUCUUGCAGCACGAUGAUGACGAAUACAGCAUUCAGAUGAACGGUAUGCGGGGGCGGAUUGAUACCGAGGGCUUUCAUUGCAGCGGCUACCUGAACCCGCUGGUCGCCGCUCCACCGCCCUCGUCUCCGGAGCCGAAGGUGAGCCGACAGCCGGUGACAUCGGCGUCCAUCACCGAGUCCGAGCUCCAAACGGCUUGUCGCAACCUGGCGACCAUCCUGGGCAAGGACUUCGAAGGUAUGAUAAAUCCAGGGAGCGCCUCAAACGCACUCCUUUCAGAGAUCAGGGCUAUGGGAGAUGACUACGGAGGCUUGGCCUUCGAGGCCGAUCGGCAGCGCGAGGAAAGUUCCAAACAACAGAUUUUGGGCAAACAGUCCCUUCGACAGCUUCGCCGGCAGAUCUUCGUUCCCGGUGCUGGCCGUUUCUUUGUUGAGGCUGCCUAUGACAGCUGGCGGCGCAGCAGAACGUACGAUGCCUUCCCACCGCAGCUCGUGCGCUAUGUGCUCCGGCACCACGCCUUCUGGGCAGUGGCUCGGAACGCUCGGCGUUUGGACGAGGUCGAGGAGGCGGUGCAGGCAGAUGCGGCAGAACUGAAGAACAAACCCAAGUUCUUGCUUCAACGCAUCGAGCAGGAGCGGAAGAAGAGGCCUGGGAAUGCCUUGCACAGGGCGCGAAAGGACAAGCCCUUCGAGCACCUGCAGAGGAUACCGCCUCUGCCUGUCCCGGGAAAACCCUUGGAGUUUCGCGUGCUGUCAACUGCGGGGCAGGUUCGUGACGCUGCAGAAAGGUUGAAGAACUGCGCGGCCACUUACAUUCCCAAAGUCGUCGCGAAGAAAUUCGCCCUGGUCGGCUUGUUUCAAAAGCAGAAAGGUGACAGAGACAAAAUGUCGGAAAUCAUCGCCAUGGGUCAGCUCUUCGUCGACAUAUCCAAAGAUGGGAGCAUCGUCACGACCUGGAGGCAAAGAGUUCGGACGUGCAACACAUCGCUGACAAAUGGGCAAAGAAAGCACUUCAACCGGGCAGCGCGGGGGUUGGCCAAGCUGUGGACAAAGGCCAUCGAGGACGAGAUAGACAGAGUCUUGCCAAGGCAAGUAUCAAGCGGGAGAGCGAUCGCAGAGUCGGCGGACCAAACUUUAUCGGCUAUUCGGCGCCUCGGCCGUCCGGGCCUUCAGCUCGCUCUGCGGAAGCUUGCCAUGGUCAUCGACAGCGAAGGCUACACCCCGGAGUGGAAAAGCCUCGCGAAAGGCUUCGUGCAGCAUGUGGUCCAAGUCAAGCCUCCUGUGACGGGUACCAUUCCUGAUGUGAUCAUAGGGAGUUGUCUCGCUAUCGCCGGAAUGGCCCAGGAUUCCAACUUGCUGCGGACCAUCAUGAGUUAA